AUGGAAGACAUAGACGAGGUAGUGAGGCUUUAUGCACGCGAAGUACUGGCGACCUUGGAUAUUGAUUCCGAGCCUGGCGCGUAUCAUUCCAACUUUGAUCCAUCAACGAUGGAGUACGAAGGUAUUGCAAUACUUUCCUUGCUUUCAUCCUUCUUAUCAGCAGAGGCGAGGAUCAAUGUCGCGCCCUCUUAUCACGGGCACGAUGCAUUGGUGCAGAGUGUACGCUCCAUGCGAGCUUCAAGUGGCGAUGGAUCAUCUGGGAUUAUGGCUUUGCAUGAUAGCGAUAACUCGGACUCGUCUUCAUAUCGCUCAGUUAACUACGGAUGGGCACUUCUUGAAGAGCGGGACGCCGAUGGCAGACCCUCCGCCACCGAGUAUCGAAAAGCCUUCAUGUAUCUCGGCCUGCUUUUCUGGGAUGAUGAUGGCUUCCUUCAGACUCGACUGACUACGAUCAACGAUUUCCAAAGCCUGCUGGGCACACUCAAUGAAGGGUGGGAUGAAGCAGGCGUUAGCGUGUACAAUAAUGCGUGUCAUGAUACUGCCAUCUUUGUCGAUUUCUAUUGUCGGUGUAGACUACGACCAGACGACACUGUUGACUAGACGCAGAGUCCGGUGCAGUAUACGUUUGGUUAGUGGAUGAUGAGCACGGUUCGUAUGUAUCGAUUUAGAGGAAAAUUAAACGUCAUCUAGGGACACCGUUAUGGAGAGACGAAAGUCAUUUUAGACGGUCGUAGGAAGAUUAGCUCUACUAUUCCAUGGCUUUAUGGUGGGGGAUUGUUUGAGGGAUCCUCGAAGAUCGCCGAAAUGCAUCACCUCGGCGUUUCUGCUGGUUAUAACCGACCGUUGAAAGUAUACAGCCGACUCAGUUAGGUCGACUAAGCCGGAUCAGGGGAGUUGCUCCCCGAAACAUACAUUCCGAAGACCGACGAGGGUCUCUUGAUGAGGAAACUAUAGCCACUCUAUUAACUCCUCUUACAACAGAGGCUGGCGGUACUCUUGCCAAGCGCACAUGUUGUGCUUGUAGGACAGCCACGACGCAGAGAAGUGGAGAUACCUUGUUGCUCAGCC